CAGACACCAGCUCCUGAGACGCUUACAGAACAUAAUCUGUCAUGACAUCAUGUGUGUGUGUGUGUGUGUGUGUGUGUGGAUUAGGAGCUGAUCUGUGUGUGGAUCAGGAGUGUCUCUCAGACGCUGAUGGAGGACGUGUCGGUGAUGGAGGAGCUGAUGGAGCGCUCGGAUGGAGCCGCACAGAGAGACGUGUUCAGUGACACAGACUUCAUGAUCGACGAGCAGAGCUCUCACGCCAGCGGGAUGGAGGUGAUGGAUCGCCUCAUGUUCCUGGAGCACCGCGUCCAGAUGCAGGACGACGAGAUCCAGCUGCUGAAGAUCAACAUGACCGACGUACUGAAGAGACUCAACAUCUCAGAGGAGCAGAAGAGAACACCUGCUAAAGCGUCUCGUCCGGCGUCUCUGUGUCUGGCUCCUAAAGCAGCGAUCAGCUCUUCAUCCUCGUCUCUGAGGAAGAGCUCCAGCUCCACGCUGCCCUCCUCACCCUCCUCCAGAAACUACAGCCCGGAG